AUGCCAGCUGUUCCAGAGAUCCUGCUGAGAACUCUGGAAGAGCUGGAAAGAGCAGAACUGAAGAGGUUUCAGUGGUACCUGACUACAGCGAAUGUGCUGGAAGGCUUCUCUCACAUCCCAAAGGCUCAGCUGGAGAAUGCUAAUGUACAGGACACAGUGGAUAAGAUGGUGGAGAGAUAUGAACCAAGAGGUGCUGUGGAGAUCACACUGCACAUCCUGAGGAAGAUGGAGCAGAAUAACCUGGCUAAGAAGUUAGAGAGAAAACCCAGAGAAGACAUGACUGCAUACUGCAUCUUGGUUUGUAACUCGCUCUUCUUCUGCACUUCAUUUGACUCAACAGAACCAAACUAUCAAGAAGUCGCAACCAAACUGAAGUCCAGUCUGAAAAAGAAAUAUGAGCGCAUUUUGCAUGGCAAUUCAAAGACAGGCCAUACAAAGUUCCUGAAUGAUAUCUACACUGAUCUCUACAUAGUGGAGGAUGAGACUGGAGGAGUCAUUCAUGAACAUGAGAUUAUGCAGGCUGAGUCAUCAACCAGGAGAUUUACUACAGAGGAAACUCCAAUCACAUGCAGUGACAUUUUCAAAGUCCCAUCUGAUCCAAGUCGAAGAAACAGAAAAGUGCUGACCAUGGGGAUCGCUGGAGUGGGGAAAACUGUCUCAGUGAACAAAUUCAUACUGGACUGGGCAGAGGGAAAGACCAACCAGGACAUAGAUUUUAUUUUUCCACUCCCCUUUCGAGAGCUGAAUUCGGUAAAAGAUGAAAACUACAGCCUGAUAGAGUUGCUUCAUGAAUAUUUUGAAGAUUCUGCUGAACUGCAGUCUCUUCCAGAGGGCGAUGGUAAAGUCAUGUUCAUUUUUGAUGGACUUGACGAGUGUCGCUUUCCUCUUGACUUUGAUAAGAGAGAGAAAUCCUCUGUAGGUGUGCUGAUAACAAACCUAAUCAAAAGAAAUCUGCUUCCCUCUGCUCUCAUCUGGAUAACCUCCAGACCAGCAGCAGCCCAUCUGAUCCCUCGAGACUACAUUGAUCAGGUGACUGAAGUACGAGGAUUCAGUGAUAAAAAAAAGGAAGAAUAUUUUAGGAAGUACAAUGACAAGAACCAGGAUAUGGCCAAAAAUAUUAUCUCACACAUAAAGAAAUCAAAGAGUAUCCACAUCAUGUGUCACAUACCAGUCUUCUGCUGGAUAUCAGCCACUGUGCUUCAGCCAAUGCUAGCCACAGACACUAGUGAAGAACUUCCCACAACUCUGACUGGGAUGUACACACAGUUUCUGAUUUUUGAAACAAAUCAAAUGAAAAAGAAAUAUGAAGCUGAAUAUAUUAUACUGAAGCUUGGAAAGUUGGCCUUCCUUCAGCUGGAGAAGGGUAAUCUGAUAUUCUAUGAGGAAGACCUGAGAGAGUGUGGCAUUGAUGUCAAUGAGGGUUCAGUGUACUCAGGAGUUUGCACACAGAUAUUCAGUAAAGGACAAGGAGUCUCUGAGAGGAUGGUGUUUAGCUUUGUGCAUCUGAGUGUUCAAGAAUUCCUUGCUGCGGUCCAUGUGUUUCUCUCACAUUGUAACAAGAAAAAGAAUACACUUCAUCCAAGCACAGCUGCGAACAGAUUUAAAUGGCUGUUUAAGAGCACAGAAGCUUUCUAUGAAUCUGCUAUAGACAAGGCCUUAGAGAGUGAGAACGGACACCUGGACCUUUUCCUCCGCUUCCUUCUUGGCCUCUCACUGGAGUCCAAUCAGCGACACCUGAAAGAACUACUGCCACAAACAGCGAUCAGACCGCAGAGUGUGGAGAAAACAGUCAACUACCUAAAGGCAAAACUAAAUGAAAACAUCUCAUCAGAGAGGAGCAUCAAUCUCCUCUACUGUCUGAAUGAACUGAAGGAUGACUCCCUUGUAAAUGAAAUUCAAAAUUACUUGGGCUCAGGACGUCUCUCAACAGAGAAACUGUCAUCUGCACAGUGGUCAGCUCUGGUCUUUGUUCUGCUGAUGUCAGAGGAGACUCAAGAAAAGUUUGAGCUGAAGAAAUACAGAGGAUCAGAUGAAGGGUUGAAGAGACUUAUGCCAGUGCUGAAAAACACCAAACGGGCUCUACUUGCUGGUUGUAAUCUCACUGAACAGUCCUGUUCAUCUAUAGCCUCAGUUCUACAGUCAGUAAACUGUCCCCUGAGAGAACUGGACCUGAGUAACAAUGACCUUCAGGAUUCAGGAGUGAACUUUCUCUGUGUGGGACUGAAGAAUUCACACUGUAAACUGGAGAUACUGAGACUUGCUCUCUGUAAACUCACUGAACAGUCCUGUUCAUCUAUAGCCUCAGUUCUACAGUCAGUAAACUGUCCCCUGAGAGAACUGGACCUGAGUAACAAUGACCUUCAGGAUUCAGGAGUGAAGUUUCUCUGUGUGGGACUGAAGAAUCCACACUGUAAACUGGAGAUACUCAGGUUGUCUGGUUGUUUAGUGACAGAUGAAGGUUGUUCUUCUCUGGCUUCAGCUCUGAGUUCAAACCCCUCACACCUGAGAGAACUGGAUCUGAGCUACAAUCACCCAGGAGACUCAGGAGUGAAGCGUCUCUCCACACAGAUGAAUCAACACCGUCGACUUAAGUCAGUACAUGUGGACCAUGGUGGAGAACUCAUGAUCAAACCAGGAUUAAGAAAACAUGCCUGUGAUCUCACACUGGACCCAAACACAGCAAACACAAAACUCUCUCUGUCUGAGGGGAACAGAAAGGUGACACGUGUGAGAGAGAAACAGUCGUAUCCUGAUCAUCCAGAGAGAUUUGAUUACUGGUGUCAGGUCAUGUGUAGAGAGAGUCUGACUGGACGCUGUUACUGGGAGACUGAGUGGAGUGGAGAUUAUGAUGUUAUAUCAGUGACAUAUAAAGGAAUCAGGAGGAAAGGAAAGAGUGAUGACUGUGGGUUUGGAAACAAUGAAAAGUCCUGGAGUCUGUGUUGCUAUAGUAACAGUUACUCUGCCCAUCACAAUAAACAGAAAACUGUCAUACGUCACCACCCCUCACACACACACAGAGUAGGAGUGUAUCUGGACUGGUCGUCUGGAACUGUGUCCUUCUACAGCGUCUCCUCUGACACACACACACUCACACACUUACACACAUUCCACUGCACAUUCACUGAACCCCUCUAUGCAGGGUUUUCUGUUUAUAAUUACUCCUCAGUGUCUCUGUCUAACCCCUGCAGUGUGAGGAGUGACUGUCUUCAACAGGUUGGCUCUUGCUCCGUCAGCGGCUAG